CCGUAAGAAAAGCGACAAAACUUCUCACCCGACAUCGAGGACCACCCCGCUCGGCAACCACAUCAAGAUGGUCCGUUACGCUGCUCAGGAGAUUCCGGCCACUAAGAGCGCCCGCGCCCGGGGCUCUUACCUGCGCGUCAGCUUCAAGAACACCCGUGAGACCGCUCAGGCCAUCAACGGCAUGAAGCUUCAGCGUGCUCUUACUUUCCUCGAGAACGUCACCAACAAGCUCGAGGCUGUCCCCUUCCGCCGGUUCGCUGGCAGCACCGGUCGCUGCGCCCAGGGCAAGCAGUUCGGUGUCAGCAAGGCCCGCUGGCCCGAGAAGUCCGCCAAGUUCCUCAUUGACCUCCUGAAGAACGCCGAGUCCAACGCCGACACCAAGGGUCUUGACACUGGCAACCUUGUUGUCAAGCACAUCCAGGUCAACCAGGCUCCUAAGGGCCGCAGACGCACUUACCGUGCUCACGGUCGUAUCAACCCCUACAUGACCAACCCUUGCCACAUCGAGCUUAUCCUCACUGAGGCUGAGGAGACCGUCCAGAAGGGUCCCCUUGUUAAGCGUGAUGAGCACCUCUCCUCUCGCCAGCGUGGUGCCCAGAUCCGUCGUGCCAUCCAGGCAUAAGCGGUUUGUGGGUGUCGGGGGGAUGAAGUAGUCGGAAAAUGAAUGGGAAAGCCGGAGUUUUCUGUUGUACGGAACAAAUACCUUUUCAUGGAAGGAAUACAAAAGAAAUUUCUACAAACUGAGCAAAUCCUCGAGUUUAUGGGCGGAAGCAUCGGCUCUUCCCCCUUGUCAUGAAUAUAAAUCCUAAAGCGUUGAUCAUAUCCCCAAUUCCUAACGGUUACUAUGUGGUUUCUCGGGAAAGGAUUAUUUGUUUCGGCAGUACCACCUGGCUUUGCGGCAAUCGGAUGCUCAACUAGGUCCAGGCUUAGUCAGACAUUUUACACUCAUACUUCCGGAUGCUGAUGAGCGUUGUUUCACGAAUGGGAUAUGGAAAUUAGUGAGGCUCGAGAGGAACGCCGAUGAUUCUUGCUUGUACCAAUGUAGCCAUGCAUCCGUUCACGUCUUACCUUCAGGUGCAGAACGUAGAUUCGACCGUAAUGAUGAACAUGUAGCUUGCGUGUGCAACGGUUUAUACGUAAACACUUUAUCCAGGUCUUCUAAGGUACGGAGUAUGGUUGGGAGGCCUCUGUUCCCUUGAUAGGAUGUGCUCCACCUCUG